AAACGUCACUAGUCGUUCGACAUUUGAGUUUAUGUUGAUACUGUUUGGUCAGUCACUAACUUGUCAGAGUAAACGAAUCUUUCUUGAUCUCUGUGCAGAAUUUCAAAAAGAUGUUUGUUUCUUAUUCUGCAGCACAAUGUUAGCAAGACACCAAUCCCGUAAAACGUGGGAUCUGAGAAAUUCUCGUUGAGAUGAUUUAGAUGCUAAUCCGAUUGCUGCAAACGUGGAUCCAAUUGAUAAUCAAAACAUAAAGCAAAACAAUAUGGCCACAUCAAUGAAGAAUCCAAUCAGAAAUCAAUUCAAAAAUCGUAAAGUGAAUCUGGCCGGUGACACUACAAAGCGAAAGAAAGUUUUAUCGUCCUCAUUGAAUCGGGAGAAUAUAACGAGGCCUACACAAGCGAAUAAAAAGAAUUCGCCAUUAAAAAAACGACUCAAGACCUGCGAAAUUCACGAGCACCACAAUUUGCCGAAAGCGUCGCACAAUUCCGAUGAGAAUUCGUACAAUCAGAGAAAACAAAUCACAUCGUCGAUGGCAACGCUGUGCAACAUCGGAAACACAUGCUACCUAAAUUCGAUUGUUUACACGUUGCGAUUCGCUCCUCGCUUUCUGCACAAUCUUCAUCAUGUCUGUGACAAUCUUUUGGAAAUUACGCCGCGAACGAAUCUUCAAAUUACCACCGAAAAACUGCACGAACUGUACACACAUUUGUAUCGAAACGAAGUGGGUGAAUCCACGGAAGCAUUUCACACUGAAACAUUCCUCAACGCUGUUCAGGAUGUUAGUUCCAUAUUUGAGGGCAAUCAACAGCAGGACGCUCAUGAGUUUUUGAUGUGUGUGUUGGAUAUUAUACGGGAAACUUGCAACUCAUUAACAAAAGUCGUAACGGAAUGUCCGGAUAUUGUAGCAAAUGGUUUUGUCGAUUUUUUUACGGAGAAUUUCGAGGGGAUCACAUGUUCGUCGACGAAAUGUUUAAGCUGUGAGACAAUAACUGAACAAAAGGAAACAAUGAUCGAUUUGUCAGUGCCUAUAACCAGCUAUAAAAAUAUUGACCAACAAGAAGAUCCCAAUUUAUUUAUUCAGAAUUUGUGCAUUACCCGUGAACAACUCCGUGGCGAAAAUAAGUAUCGAUGUGAAGAGUGCACUGGUCUCACUGAAGCGAUUCGUACAGUAUCUUAUCCCAAACUUCCGCGCCUGCUAAUCAUUCAACUGAAACGAUUUUCCGGUGGAAAGAAGAAAAUCAACAACUACAUCCCAACGCCAUUCAAUUUACAAUGCUUUUGUUCGAAGUGCUGUACGCUAUCGGAAGCGGAGAAACAUCACUCCUAUCGGCUGUACAGUGUUAUCACUCAUGUGGGGGCUACGAUAUCCGGUGGACACUACAUCGCCUACACAACAUCAUUAGAUUUGACAAAUGGAAUUGAUAACACUGUUUCCAAUGGCAGCAUUUCUUGUCAAAGUGUCAGUUGCUGUGAUUUUCUUAUGAAAAAUUGUCCUGGAACUAGUCUGAGUAGGUAUAGUAGUAUAUCGGAACAUUUGCGACACAAUAGUUACAUCAAUAAUCCGUCGAAUUCGUCGCUGAACGACAACUCGGAGCCACUGUGGUUCAAAUGUGAUGAUGAUAAAAUCAAAACAAUGACACAACGCGAAUUCGAGGAUUUGCUUAAGAAGGGGAAAACUAUCACGCCCUAUUUGCUAUUUUAUGCUAGAGUUGAUCUGCGAUAGCAGGCUUCGUUGCAAUCGAUUUAAUUUUAAUCCUUUUUUUUCCUUUUUUAUCAGGCCUGGCAUUUUAAAUUAUUUGUUGUUUUAUGCAUCCG